UCCCUAUGCCUGACUUUUAAUAGGCUAGGAGAAAAAGGUUGAGAAACUUGACAUUGUCUUACGGAGUGUUUCGGUAGCAAAAAAGAUUUUUAAAAAAGGGGGUGGGUGGGUAGAAAACUUGUUUGUUGUUCGUCUCAGAAACCUUUCAUGGAUUUUGCUGCUAUUUUACUACUCUGAGCUUUCACUGUGAGUUUAAAUGCUGACUGUUCCGUGCUGGAUGGAUAAUGGGAUUCUAAACAUGAGGCAGAUAGCUGAUCAGCUUCCCUGGAUUUUGCUGACGACACAGGAAAGCUUUGCUUGAAGAUGGAAACAUUGGAGUCGGAACUGACCUGCCCUAUCUGUCUGGAGCUGUUUGAAGACCCACUACUGCUGCCCUGUGCCCACAGCCUGUGUUUCAACUGCGCCCAUCGCAUCCUCGUCUCCCACUGCGCCACCAACGAAUCUGUGGAAUCCAUCACUGCCUUCCAGUGCCCUACUUGUCGUUAUGUUAUCACCCUCAGCCAGAGAGGUCUAGAGGGACUCAAGCGUAACGUCACCCUGCAGAACAUCAUCGACAGGUUCCAGAAGGCUUCUGUCAGUGGGCCCAAUUCUCCCAGUGAGACCCGCCGAGAGCGGGCCUUCGAUAGCAACGCCAUGACCUCCAGCGAGAAAGUUCUCUGUCAGUUCUGUGACCAGGACCCUGCCCAGGAUGCUGUGAAAACCUGUGUCACUUGUGAAGUCUCCUACUGUGAGGAGUGCCUGAAAGCAACUCACCCGAAUAAGAAGCCCUUCACAGGCCACCGUCUCAUCGAGCCAAUUCCAGACUCUCACAUCCGAGGCCUGAUGUGCCUAGAGCAUGAGGAUGAGAAGCAAAACUUAGAGAGUAACCUCACCAACCUUAUUAAGAGGAAUACUGAACUGGAAACACUUUUGGCUAAACUCAUUCAAACUUGUCAGCAUGUUGAGGUAAGGAUCAGGGCAACAACCAGAAGCCGCUGUUCAUUCAUGUCCUUUAGUAAAGAGUCAGGGGUCUCCAUGGCAACUGCAUCUUCCCAGGUUCUAAUUCCUGAAAUUAACCUCAAUGACACUUUUGAUACCUUUGCAUUAGAUUUUUCCAGAGAGAAGAAAUUACUAGAAUGUCUGGAUUACCUUACAGCUCCCAACUCUCCAACAAUUAGAGAAGAACUCUGUACUGCUUCGUACGACACCAUCACUGUGCACUGGACCUCCGAUGAUGAAUUUAGUGUGGUUUCAUAUGAGCUUCAGUAUACUAUCUUUACUGGACAAGCUAAUGUUGUUAGUUUGUGUAAUUCCGCCGACAGCUGGAUGAUUGUGCCCAACAUCAAACAAAACCACUACACAGUUCACGGGCUCCAGAGCGGCACCAAGUACAUCUUCAUCGUCAAAGCUAUUAAUCAGGCUGGCAGUCGGAACAGUGAGCCUGGCAAAUUGAAGACAAACAGCCAGCCAUUUAAAUUGGACCCCAAAUCUGCCCACCGAAAACUAAAGGUGUCCCAUGACAACUUGACAGUAGAACGUGAUGAAACAUCAUCAAAAAAGAGUCACACACCUGAGCGCUUCACUAGCCAAGGGAGCUAUGGUGUAGCAGGCAAUGUGUUCAUUGAUAGUGGGCGCCAUUACUGGGAAGUAGUCAUAAGUGGAAGUACAUGGUAUGCAAUUGGUCUUGCUUACAAGUCAGCCCCAAAGCAUGAGUGGAUUGGAAAGAAUUCUGCUUCUUGGGUACUCUGCCGCUGCAAUAAUAAUUGGGUGGUGAGACAUAAUAGCAAGGAAAUUCCCAUCGAACCAGCACCCCACCUCCGGCGGGUGGGCAUUUUGCUAGACUAUGAUAAUGGCUCCAUCGCCUUUUAUGAUGCUUUGAACUCCCUUCACCUUUAUACAUUUGACAUUACAUUUGCACAGCCAGUGUGUCCUACCUUCACCGUGUGGAAUAAAUGUUUGACAAUUAUAACAGGCCUUCCCAUCCCAGAUCACUUGGACUGCCUUGAUCAGCUGCCCUGAUGUUUGAAACUCAGAUGGAGCAGAAACGAUGCAGAACAUUCAGAGGACGGACGGCAAAUGUGCAGUCCACAAGAGCUUGACUAAGACUCUUCAACUGUGCGCCGUAAAAAACGUCCAUAAAUUGACUGAGACGGGCUUGGAAAUGAGAGUCUCCCCCUCCUUUAGCUGUGUGUUUUGUAUUAAAGUGCAGGAAAUGGCUUUAAUAAUUUCUUGGAACAUUUUUUGUAUUUACGGGAAGAUUUAUAGAUUAUUUAUAAAAGAAACAUGAUCUGGAUUACAACUCUUAGGAAUUAUUUGGUUUUGCACAUUAAGAGGCCCAUUUACUAACGUUUACCAGCUUUUUACACACUUAUUUCAUCACAGUGUAUGGGCUCAAAAAAAAAAAAGUUUUGUAAGUUUUUAUCCUCCUUCUUGCUCUAUAAAAAUACAUACUUGCCCCAUGCAAGGUCCUGUCAUCUCAACACUGCAUAUAAGAAUGUGCAAAUAAAAAUACUCUAGAGCCAAGUUAAGAAGUAAAAAAGAAGAUGGAGGUCCUUCUUGCUAUGAUUUUUAAAUGGGUAGCACAUUUCCAUUCCUAAGGGGAAAAUUGCAAAUUUUUGCAAACAAUUGCAAAAUUAUUACUGUGAAGUAAAAAAAAAAAUUAGUUUCUAAACCAGAAAGCCAGGGCAGUGGUGAUGAUGGAAUUGUGUAGCUAAUUCUUAGUAUCUCAAUUUGUCAUGUUUAACUGUCACAUGAUCUGCAUCCAGGUGGAAGCCGUAGUUUUUGAAACUCCUCAAACAUGCCAUCACCUUCCCACCUAUAAUUUCUCCCAAAAGGAAUUCCACUGUUGGCAUUUUUUUUUCUUUCUUGGGAAUCCUGGGUAAACAGAUUGUAUUAAGCCUAGAAAAGCAGUCUCUAAAUCAUACCAGUUACUUAAUUUUGAGUUAGAUCAAGAAUUGGAUUUUCAUUUUCUAUAAAUAUUACAAUGAAAUUUAUCUCAUCUUAAGCUUUAAUGGCUUGCCAUGGGCUCAUAAAACAUCUUCCCUCACAUUUUAUAGUCUCCCACCUAUAGUGCUUUCUUAGUCUCUUGAGAAAAGAAAAUGAACACAUUCUGUAGCAAAUGGAAAUAGCAAUUUGGACAACUUUCUACUUUGCAAUACAUGAGUACGUAAUGUGUACUAGAAGCAUCAAAUACAGUGAAGUGCCCCCAAAGGAUAUGUUAGGAAAUGAUGAUGAUGAUAAUAAUGAUAAUGGUUAUAUAAGGUACCAUUCAUGCUAACGCAUACUCCAACAUAUAUUGGAAGUGGGUUUUAUGAUACCACCCCUCCAUUAAAAAUAAAAUAAAGACUAAAGGCUCUCAUUAUUCUAGAGAGCUGCUGUGUAGUUUGGAAAGAGAGAACUCAAGCUUGUUAUUCAUAUACAUGGUGUGAUAUGGCCAACCCAUCAUUGUUGUUUGCUUUUGACACUCUGGAAUGAGUCACUGAAUCUUCUCUCAAGUUUCUUUAAAAUAGUAGAGAGAUCCAACACUGGCACCAUUUAGAUUCAAUUCUGCUCUGGGAAAAAAAAAGGGGGGGGAGUUGACAUCUUAAAAUUGCUUUUGUCCCUAAAAUGCAUGCUGUGUCUACCCCAGAUACCAGGGUUCUCCAGUUCAGGUUUGAGUAGUUUCUUUUUUCCCACUGAAUUGACCCAAUUUUUUCCUGAAUCAAAACCAGCUAGUUAGUUGUAUUUGCUUCAUGUAGACAAAAAGCCCAUUUGAAUGUUUGUUUUUUAAUCAGACACACAGGACUUUGUCAUAUCAUCGUGUUCUGUCUCUAUUACUGGCACACUCUUCCCUCCUUUUUUUAACAAAUAAGGUUCUAUAUAUUUACUAUGAGAUUUAUACCUAAAGGAUUAUUUUGCUAGAUAAUGGAAAAAAUACUUUUAAAGGACUGUUUUCUGAAGAAAUUAAAAAUAAGGGUUUUUUUCCCAUAAUAAACAAUGUGAAUUUUCUUUCACUGAACAAAUUGAAAGGUUGCCUCAGUAAUUUUUAAUGUUGCUUUGGGAAUUCAAUAUUAAAGGAUAUUUUAAUGCACUUUGUUCACCAAAAGGCUCAAAAUAAAUGGGCCUCCAGCUCAACUUCUGAGUUUUUAAAUACUCAAUAUAUUGGUACUGAUAAGCUUUCCGGUUUGCCUUACAAUGCCAAUUCUAAAGAAUAAUGAUGCUUCCAUACAUAUAGUUGUUUUUCCAACAUUAAAAAAAAUCCUGUACAAAUCUCCAUUUAAGCAGUUUUAAGUAUGUUCUGGCUAUUUUUGUAUGGGCAAAGGAGAUUGAGUAUAAAUUGGUUGUUGAAACACCAAUGUUUCCAUCAUGGAAACCUUGUGGCCAAUAAAUACCAGUCAGCAAUGAUUUCAGAGUUAACAUAUUUAAAGAAAAAAUAUGUAUAUGCUCUAUUGCUACAGUGUUUCUUUUAAUGUCUAUAAUACAGAAAAAAUUCCACAAGGAUUUUUUUUUUGGAAAGUAAAAAAAAAAGUCUAUAAACAGAUGCUGCAGUAAAGACCAGUGUGCUUUGCAGAGUUGUCUGGGUCAGAGACAUUCUUUUUUUGUUGAACUACAGCUGGGAUAGUCCACAAAUCACAGGGAAAUAAUGCAGGUGAAGAGAUAUGGGAUAAAGGAAAAGCAGGUCCAGGACCACGUACAUGAAUGAAGCAGAAAUGACACAGGCCUAAGAGGGAAGGUGACUGUGCAAUAUGCUUUACCUCAUGAUAAUCUUCCUCUUGGUGGAUGAAUAAGGAAAUGAGGCUAGAAGGACAGAUGAAAGAAACUGGCGGUACAAUACAAAGGAAUCCAGUUGGGUUCAAAUGAAAGCUUGAUGAUGAUUUCUAUUUUUUUUUUUGUCUAGCCCCUUUAGAUUAAAAAAAAAAAGUCACCUCAAAUAGAGACAUUGACUACAAGUAUUGACAAUGAUUUCUGUUGGGAAAGAGAAAAAGACAUGCAGUCUACAAAAAUCUCAUUAUGGUGUUGCUAUUUGAACUUGGCAGUCAAUAAACCACACUGCUUAAGUGAGAUUUUAACCCAAUGAGUUCUUGGUGUAUAUAUGUAUGUGCCUAUAUGUGUGCAUGUAUAGACACGCGCCCAUAUGUGCACACAUAAAUAUGGAUUUGUUGUUGGAAAUUUCAGUAUUUGGCCUUUUCCUUCAAACUUGUUUAUGUAUGAAUUAGAUAUGAGGGCAAUGACAGCAGAGAAAAGUUGUUAUUUUACAUGGUCUUUUUUUUUUAAACCAAGGUCAGUUUAUUUUACAGGA